CAAACAAGGCCUUAUCGAUGAAGGUGGCCUUCUCUCAUCAUGGGGAGAUGCAGACAACCAAAAAGAAUGCUGCGAAUGGCAUGGUGUCGUGUGCAGCGAAACCACUCGUCAUGUAAUUGGUUUGAACCUACCAUUUGCGGAAUUGCAUGGCAACCUUAGUCGGGCCCUGCUCGAGUUGCAACAGUUGAAUCAUUUGGACCUGAGCUACAACGAUUUUGAUGGGAAAGAGAUCCCGGGGUUCAUUGCUUCUUUCCCGGAAUUGCAACAUUUGUAUCUUGCUUAUUGUGGGUUUUCUGGGAUUAUUCCUCAUCAGCUGGGGAAUAUGACCAACCUGAGAACACUUGAUCUAUCAUGGAAUAGGCUUGAAGGUGGAAUCCCAAUAUCUUUGGCAAAUUUAAGUAGCCUGCACUACUUGAACUUGUCACACAAUCAAAUUACAGGAUUCAUGCCAGAGCUGAGAGGACUUAUUUCACUCAGAGAAUUACAUCUCAGUCACAAUUUAUUACGAGGAGUUGUCUCUGAAGCUCACUUCUCCAACCUCCACAGCUUGAAACUCCUGCAUUUGUCCUAUAAUUCACUUGUCUUUAACUUGAGUACAACCACAAAUAAUUGGGUUCCUCUUUUCAACUAGAUGUCAUGGAUGUAGCAUCUUGCUACUUGGG